ACUAGCAUUGAUGUUAGCGGGAAGGUCGAGCAGUGGCACUGCUGCUUGACAUUGGUAAUGUUAGCUACGUCAACCAUAAUGGGGCACCUCAUGUCAAAAACGUGGCUUCGUUAUGAAAAUGAGCACGUUUCAAGAAGGUAGUACCGCCUGUAUAACAUAGUGAGCCGUGUAAGUUGUCGUGCUAAAUGCUAUAAAGGAAAAUUAUAGCAUUUCCGCGGUAGGAGCUAACUUAGUUAAUUAGCAGCGUUACCGGGGUAAAAAUGAGUUCCGCUCCAAAUCACGGUGCCGUUAACGUCACAGAGACAGUGUCCAGCAAACCCGGCUCUGCUGUGUCAAUAGCCGGACAUGUCCAGCAGGUCUUCAGCCAUGUGAAGAUAGAAAACCUGGUCGCAGGACUCAGUGGAGGAGUGGUGUCAACACUGGUGCUUCAUCCUCUGGAUCUGGUCAAAAUCAGGUUUGCAGUAAGUGAUGGAUUGGAGGUUAGACCUAAGUACAGUGGCAUACUGCACUGUAUGAGGAGUGUUUGGCAGCUGGAGGGACUCCGAGGACUCUACCAAGGAGUGACACCCAAUAUUUGGGGUGCUGGAGCAUCUUGGGGCCUCUACUUCUUUUUCUACAAUGCAUUCAAAGGCUACACAAAGGAGGGCCGUCAAACUGAACUGAGUGCCACAGAGCACCUGGCGUGUGCAGCCGAAGCAGGCAUCCUGACGCUCACCCUAACCAACCCGAUCUGGGUGACCAAGACCCGGCUGGUGCUCCAGUACAACGCUGACCCAGGCGGUAAACAGUACAAGGGGAUGAUGGAUGCUCUGGUCAAGAUCUACCGCCAUGAGGGAGUGCCAGGACUAUAUAAGGGUUUCGUUCCUGGUCUAUUCGGCACAUCCCACGGAGCGCUGCAGUUCAUGGCCUACGAAGAGCUCAAGAGAAGCUACAACAAAUACAGGAAAGUGCCUUCAGACGCGAAGCUGGGCGCGUUGGAGUACGUCACACUGGCAGCAUUGUCCAAAAUCUUCGCCGUGGCCACAACGUACCCGUAUCAGGUGGUGCGAGCUCGCCUGCAGGACCAGCACAAUACAUACAACGGAGUUGGUGAUGUCAUCAGGCGGACAUGGAGGAACGAGGGCGCCGUUGGUUUCUACAAAGGCAUCGUUCCCAACGUGAUCCGCGUCACCCCCGCCUGCUGCAUCACUUUUGUAGUUUAUGAGAAUUUGUCCCGCUACCUUCUGGGUCAAGAUCAAUGAGGCUCUUAAAGCUACAGUGCGUAGUUUCUGCCGCCGCCAUGAGGACGUAAUGACGACAAAACUGUCGGCGCGUCCACGUGACACAAGCCUUCCGUGACCGUGCACCACCCCUCCUCCACGCAGUUGCUAGAAGCCAAGGAGGUCACGGAGGAUUGAAAAACAUGAUGAAUUCUUCGGAAGAGGUUAUCUUCAGUCGAGUUUCAGCGCACGACAGUCGCCGGACGCCACAAUCUUCUGAACAUAGUCAUACUGAGGAGAUCCAGAGAGAGUUGCGUGGAUCUUUAGCUUCGUAGCAACUCAUUUAGCAGCGGCUUGAACGUUAACGGAUGUUCGUUCAAGCAAUCAAAAAAUGACGCUCUAAUGCUUUAAAAGCUUGGCACGGGCAGCCGCAGAGACUCGCACUGACACGUUGCCGCCAUCCAGAGAGAAAGGCCUUAGAGGAACCCAGCCCUCAGCGCUGAAUUUGAGAAAAUACUCAUUUGAAAAUGGAUUGUGAAAUGGAAUACACCGAAGGCUGUCCAGAUGCAUGACAAACACUUUGACUUCUGGGAUAGCGUAUGUUGCUCUACACGCCAAAAUACAUGCCGCCGUGAUGUUGUUCUAUUUUUUAUGAUUUGUACAGUAAGUCUGCCUUUUUUUUUUGUAGAGGAGUUUGAUCAAUAUUUCAUCAUAGACGUUCCAUUUGAUGUUUUCUUGGCAGCAGGAAGGACACGGGAUGGACUAUGGGAAGCUGACUAUUGUGGCCGGGGGUGGGUCAGUGGGUAGAGCAGGGACUCGAUGCAGAGGUCCAGGGUUCGAGUCCGACCUGUUACGAUUUCCUGCCGCCCCCCCCCACACCCCACCUAGCUGUCCUGACCAUUAAAGGCAGAACAGCCCCCAAAAAAGAAAAGAAAAGCUGGUUAUUAACAACAAAUUGGAGAUCUUCUCAGGGUUGUGUGUGCGUGUGUGUGUGUGUGUGUGUCUUUGAAAUGAUGUCUUUGUAAACUUUCUGUGUUCCAAACAAGCCCAUUUUUAUGUUUCCCACAAUGCAUUUGUUUUCUGGCAAAAUCCAUUAUGUAACUACGUUACUUUGUAAGAUUUCCUUAUAAAAUCCAAACUGCUUUUUCUGCAUUGUCAUGUUUGAUAGUGUAUAAAAUAAAUACAUUAAAUGUAUUACUUUGUGACUACUCUGAAUUGAGUGAGUAUUCCGAAGCUUCUAAACAUAACAAGUGGUCAUACAAGUUAAAUUCUU